AGAAAAACAAGUGCAAGAACAGAAUAAGGCGUUAAUGCACCUCCGGAGUUUGUAAGCAAUUGUACUAGCAAUACUAGACAAUUAAUAUACUAUUAUUGGUGGCUUUUAAAAUCUUUCUAAAAUAAUUCUUCUGCCACGACAACGAGAAAAGAGAAGCAUUUUCUGUAAUGGAAUUCACAUGAUAUGCUAUUUGUGGUGUUUUAACCUCGUUGCAGUUUUUAUGACAGACAUUUUAGCUGUAGAUUUACAAUAUAGCUUUACGUAACCGAAAUAUUUGAUUUUGACAACAGGUGAUACUUUGUCACCUCGUUUGAAAACGGCAAAGACGAGGCUGCUGGACUACUACCGUUAGCCUACUGGUUUAGAGGGGGAUCUCUGAUCUGCAGAAGACAGACAGAAAAAAAGUAAUUUUUUGUGCGCUGAGUUAGCCAUUAUCGGAUUCCUCCAGUCUGCAAACCGUAUGGCUACCCCAACAGCACGAAGGCGGUCGAAAGCGCUGCUGCCGACGUGCUACUACGAGGGUUACCUUGAAAAGAGAUCACCUAAAGAAACGACAUCUUGCCGACUGUGGACAUGUCUGUGUGGAAAUACCCUGUUUUUCUACAACAACACCAAGGACUGUGAAUACACAGAGAAGCUGGAGCUCAGUGGCUUCAUCUCCCUGGCAGAUGACAGCAGCCGGGGCUCAAACCUGACGGGGGCGCGGUUCAGCCUCCGCAUGAAGGAUGGAGAGGUCAAGCUCACGGCUUCUAGUCUGGAGGCCCGGGUGCUGUGGAAGGGCUUCAUCCUCUCUGUAGUGGAGCUGGCCGUGCCGAGCUCCUUGAACCUGCUCCCGGGUCAGCUGCACAUGCUGGCCGAGGUGAUCGAAAAAGAGAAGGCGCGACGGAAGCCCCCUCCCCUUCCUCAGGGUCCCGUCCCGUCUCCCUACCUCCCCCUGCUGGCCAGCAUGCCACCGUGUUACCAUCCAUUGUCCCGGCUGGAGGCCGAAAUGUUCCUGGAGAGGAAUCAGGAAUUUGGGAACUUCCUGCUCCGGCCUGGCAGAGACGGCACCUCUUUGGCCGUCACCACCUGCCAGGACCUCAACGGCAGGCCAGUCUUCCGUCACUAUCGAGUGGCUCGAAAGCCAGAUGGAGGAUUUUCAAUUGAUGUGGAGAACCCAAUUCCCUGUGCCACCCUUCAUGAUGUCAUCGACCUUCUAGUAGAGAGGACCUCUGGAGCUCUGAGACCUUUAAUUCUGGAAGAGUCGUAUGAUGAGAACAUCACGUUUGUUCAGUCCAAUGCUGAGAACGGAGAGAGAAAUCUGCAGUGUGCCUCUGGCAGACCCAAUCUCCCCGCUCCUGUACCGCCCCCCAAACCAGGCCACAAUCCUGCCCGUCAGUCUGUGCGCAGCACGGACAGGGAGGUCAACUUUGAGGACAACACCUAUGUCAAUUAUUCCUCGGGCGAUGAAGAUGAGAGCUCCGUGGCACGUGCCCCCACACCCCCACCAAGCACAGGGAAAAGGGCCCUGUUUCCCAAGCUGCCCUCCUCCGUCCCCCCAUAUGAAGGACGGAUCAGCGGCACCUCAGGGGACGCUGAAGAUGAAAACUUUACGACACUCCCACCACAGACAGUUAAAAAGGCCCUGUUACCCAAGGUGCCCUCCUCUGUCUCCUUGUCCCGAUAUGAAGAGCAGAGCACCAGCACCUCAGCUGACAGUCAGGUCCUCAGACGCCCUGUUCCUCCACCCCGUACUUCGAAACCCACCGAGGCCCCCACCGAGGCCCCCACCAAGGCCCCCACCAAAGUGAGACGCCGCAGUCUGCCAUCUGACCACUUUACGGCAGCUAUAACCGACGAACUGAAAGAGAAAUUGGAGAUGAGACGAGCGAAGUACGACGAGCAAAGAGACUCUGCCAACUAGGAUAUUCCUCAUUGGGACUUAUAAGCUUCUUCGAAGCCUCAAAUGCUAUUGCUUUCCUACGCAGGAAAUCUUAGCUUUCUCUUUCACCUGUCUUUGACUGACAGGUAGCUAUCAAUUGUACUGGAAAAAAACUCUACAAGUCUGCUAUGUGGUGGCCUUAAAGAAACAGACACCUGGCUGGACCUAUAGGUGUUAUUGAGGUCACCUGAUCAGUGUUGGCACUUUGAAACACAUACGAUUAAUGAUCCAUCGAUCCUCACUACAACUCAAGAUUUUAAAUCCGCGAGGACAGAGAAUUCACUGACUGUAGAUUCUGUUAAAAGUCAAGCUAUCACUAACGCUACUACCAACUGUGAAUUUGCACACCGAAUCAUGUGAGGAAAAAAAAAGUUUUUUUUGUACAAAUGUGAUUUAAUUUACCCUUUGUUGUUUCCCUUCUUCAGUGUUAGACAAUCUUACGUUGUCCUCAACUCCUCUGUUUAAAAAGGUUUUCCUCUGUAUAUGUCAGUGCUUGUCCUCCCUGUGAGAUUCAUCAAAAAUAGCUGCAGUACGUGUUUAUUUUAUGUAUGUGUUUCCUGACACAAAUGAGAAACGGUAAUUGUGUAUCCAAUGCUCAGGCUGAUAAUCCCGUCAUAUCCCUGUUGUGCGAGGCUCAACCAGUCGUCUCAGAAAACGCGCUUGAUUUGAUGUUUGUACAGUGACAUCACUGCCGGUAAAACACGCCACUGAAGAUCUCCGGUCUGGCAGACUGACCUGCUGUGCCGGAGUACUGGGUCAUGUGACUUGGUAAAUGGUAAAUGGACUGCAUUUAUAUAGCGCUUUUAUCCAAAGCGCUUUACAAUUGAGGCCUCUCAUACUGGGCCCUUGUACAAACUUGUACUGGGCCCUUCAGCUCUAGGUGCUAUGGGUCUGAUUUACAGAGGCCUUCGGCACAUGCUAAACCUUGUAGCACACGCAAAACUAAUAACUCAACCGGUGAUUAAGGGGCGGCAGUGUAGCAUAAUGGGUAAGGACCCGGUCUUGUAACCUAAUGGUUGCCGGUUCGACUCCUGGUAGGACGCUGCCGUUGUGCCCUUGAGCAAGGUACUUAACCUGCAUUGCUUCAGUGUAUAUCCAGCUGUACAAAUGGAUACAAUGUAAAAACUAUGUAAAAUGUUGUGUAGGUCGCUCUGGAUAAGAGCGUCUGCUAAAUGCCUGUAAUGUAAUGUAAUGUGAUUGGUGUUCUUAGGAGACAGAAGAACACCAAGCAACGCCUCACUGUGGUUUUAUUGGCACAGUGACAAAGUGGAUAAAAAUCAAAGCAUUUACAAGGUGAUCACUUCUUCAGUCAGUAAAUUAAGUAAAAAAAAAAACAAUUCAUUGAGCAUUUAAAGCAUUGUGGAUUAUAUUCACAUAUACAGUAUGCAUACUGACAUUUUAGCCUCCUCUCUCCUCGAAUACCUUGGUUUGACAGCUCAAAGAAAAAAGCACCCUGACACUUUAAAUAAAUGUAACUAAACGGGAAAUAGGUGUUCAGACACACUACUGGGCAAGAACAAUUAUAUACUAACCACUAUCCUUUAUUAUCUGGGCAUUAACUCCACUGAAGUUGACUUCCCAUUACUGGCAUUCAUUGAAGAUUUUGAAGGGCAGUGCUGUAAAACGCAUACAUACUCUUUAUAUUUUUAUACACCUUCCGAGACCCGAAUCUCUGUACAGUAAUCCUGCUUGACUCUGCUGCUUGGCUGACCACCUUGCCACUGGCUCACACUGUCAUGUUGAAUGAAGUACAUUCUGUAAGAAGCCAAGUAUUAUUAAAAGGUUUUGCGAAAAA